UCUAGAGGUUUUAAAUACUUGGCAUGAGGGGGAAAAAACUCAAACCUAUACCCGAAGGUAUAAAACAUUAAUUCUGUUUGUCUCCUGCUCCAGGGACCUGGAUGCAGCCGGAUGCUUUGUGAAACUUUAAAAAUGUGGCAUCUCUGCUUCUCUCCCAGCACAGGAGUGCUACCAGGCGCUGAGUCCCUGCAGCUGCAGCAUCCAGCCACCGACCCAGCUCCUGCUGACCAUCAUGUCGGAAAAACCGAAGGUAUAUCAAGGUGUCCGGGUGAAGAUCACAGUGAAGGAGCUGCUGCAGCAGAGAAGGGCGCACCAGGCAGCCUCGGGGGGAACCCUGUCUGGAGGCAGCAGCAUGCACCUUUCAGACCCGGUCGCACCAUCUUCUGCAGGACUGUAUUUUGAACCAGAAUCUAUUUCUUCCACAUCCAAUUAUUUUCAACCCCGAGAAUUUUCCAGCUGUGUUUCUUGUGAAGAAAACCCAAGCUGCCUGGACCAGAUCUUUGACUCCUAUCUUCAGACAGAGACAUACUCAGAGUCUUCGCUCAAUUCCAUGCAAGGUGGCCCACCCUGUUUCCCAGACGGCUUCCAGGCUGCCCCUUUCUGCUUUAACCAGAGCUUGACGCCAGGAUCGCCUUCAGAUUCCUCCACACUUUCUGGCUCCUUAGACUACAGCUACUCUCCUGCUCAGCUGCCUUCAUAUGCUCUGGAGAAUUACAGUUCUCCCCCUUCUCUGGACACCAGAAACUGUGGCUACUCCCCAGAAGACUACGCCUACCAUCACUUGUCUUCACACGCUCAAUACAACUGCUUCUCCUCGGCCACUACUUCCGCCUGCUACUGCCCAUCUUGUGAAGCUGAGCACCUGGAUGCUCUCAGAGCAUCAGAGUUCUUCUAUCCAGGCACAGACUGUGUGGACUUUGCCCCCUCAGCAGCCGCCGCCAGCGAUUUCUAUAAGAGGGACACAAACUGUGACAUCUACUAUAGUUAAUAGAAAUGAGUGAUUUGGAACCUGGCAUGGGUAUAUCUAUGUUUCUACCAUGUCUAGAUGACGCUCCAAAAUAUGCAACUUGCGAUCGAAAUGUCACAAGCACAGUUUACAUGUCACCAUUUUCAAUUUUCUAUUUCCAACUUAGGCGUUAAUAUGAAGUCCCCAAACUCACUCACAGUGCCAUUCCUACUUUGUAUGCUCAUGGUUAAAGUUUUUAUAGGGAACUUCCCAUUGUUUUAUUUUUCUGUGUAAUAAACAAGUUCUCUCUCUCUCUCUCUUUUAAAACUAAUAAAUAAUUUUGUAUUACU